GUGAAGUGGAACUUUGUUGUUGUAUGCAUCGCUCUCAAGACGCAAGAGUUUACAUUCGCAAAAAACACAGAGUGCGCUUGUGUUGCCGCUGGGUAAAGUUACGCCACGCCGCUGCUCGGGCUUUUGUCCUUUUCAGUGUGAGAAUAUAGUAACACUCAACAAAAAUAGGUUUGAUUAUCAAAAUAUUUUAAUUUAGGGCUACAUGUGGGACUUUGAUGUCAUAUCAAGAUGAUGCCGCUUUUUAUUGCUGUCCUAAUUUGUCUAUUGAUUUUUAUUCAAAGGUAUCGGCCCAAGAAUUUAAACCUAAAUAUUUGAAUGCAUUACUACUCCUAACUGUAAAAAAAAUAUUGUUAUUCAUUUGGUCGAGAAGCAUUAAAACGGCUUUAUUCUAUUUAUUUCUAUUGACUUUUGGAAAUGUUUUCUGGGAUUAAGCCAAGGAAAUGCUGUUGGAUGUUCUGUUAGGCAUGGACACGGGCUAAUGAGUAACAGAGAGGGGCAGAAAUAGCCUGUAAUCAAGGUCAGAGUGGGCAAGGGUAAGCAACUUUGGUUACCAUGUUAAAGCAGGCACGAUACACCUGGGAAUCACAUUAGGUAAGAUGCACUGAUUGGUUACUGGAGAACCUUUACUGUUUUAAGUCAUUGAUCUUGCUUUGAAUAAGAGACAUAGUAUGACAAUUUAAGACUUUCACAGAGAGAUGUAUUGGCUCACUUUUAUUUAGGACCACAAGAUUCUACGAGACAUUAAAACUACUGUGGUUUGAACCCACAUGUCCUGGUUAGGUCCACCUGAUACCCAAGUCAUUAAUAAUCAGAGAUAGUGGCUGCUUCCUCCGCACCAUCUGUUUCUGGAAGAGCUGUUGAAUAUCCCAGACUCGGCACACACCUGAUGUUGUGCUCACCCACAGAAAUGAGGGAGAAGCGGAAAUCUUUUCCUCAGACCGAGACAGGACACGGCAGCCCACGUGCGCGUCCGCUCCCUGUUUGCUUGUCCCUCCCUGUUCGGCCUUGCAAACAUGCGUUUGUAUCUUAGCCAAUGGAGGUUAACUGAUUUCCAUAACAAAAACAUUGCUUUCUCACCACCGUCUGCAAUUACACGAAACAAAUGCUGAAGCUUCUUGAGCAGAAGAGUCAAUGACCACCUUCAGGUAAUCCUACGCCUUCCCCUGCUGUAGUUGACCCCCUCAGGCACCUCCGCAGAGAUCCGCACCAUCUGGCCUCCGCCCUGUAUGUUCACACUGUAGGGAGGUGUGUGUUUGUCUAGUGACAAUGGAGUUUAGGGCCUCGCACUAUUGUAACGUUUUAACCAACCACAUUAUUGCUGACUGUUUUAAAAAUAUAUAUUGAAUUGGUUUAUAAUCAACUAUUAUAUAAAUAUAUUAUAUCUUGUUAUGGAUAAUAAUAAUACUUUUUUUUAAAUUUAUCAAUAUCAGCUUGCAGUUUAAACUGUACUUCUCUUAGUCUACAACACAACAGUUGUAUAACGUUGACUUUUAUUUUACUUUGUAUACUUCUAUAUCUUUCAUCCCUGUUUCUUAUAUUUUGUGUUUUGUUUUUUAUUCUUGUGUGUUUGGUUUAUUGGUGCUGCUACUGUCACGACAAAUUUCCCCUUGGGGAUUAAUAAAGUAUAUAUCUAUCUAGACAUGACUUUCAAUGUGAAUAACUGCCCUGAAGGUAGGACAAAUUAUUGGAUUCUUUGGAAAAUGGUAGGCACGAAUGUAUGAAACUUGUAGUAAAUGGGCAUAAACCUGCAAAGCCGCAUUCCCGGGAGGCAUUUCGGUGAGGAAAACGCAUACCGUUUACCCAUUUAUUUAAACUCUUUAAAAAUGGUGAACAUUAUAUAUAUUGUUUAACUGUACGGAAAUAAAAGUCUUUACACACCAGGAGUGUGAGGAAUAAACCAAAAAAUGCAUUCCUUGUUCUGUAAAAGCCCCUCUGUAUGAAAAGUAAUUGUGACAAAAUCAACGGUUCCCAAAAAUAUAUUGACAUGUGAAUUAAUUGCGUGAAGAGAAACACCUGCGGUGUGAAAGGCCUGAAGAGUAAAAUCUGCUUCCUGGAGUGACGCGCGGCUUUAAUCGGUCUGUUUGCUGAAUGAGGAGUCGAGGCUCAACAGAUCCAGUUCUUCAGGUCCCCACACAUGUGGCAGAACCCGCCUUUCUGCCCGACCCCAACGAUGGCAGCCUGUACUCUCUGGGAGGAAAGAACAAGGAAGGCCUCACAAAAUUACCGUUCACCAUCCCCGAGUUGGUCCAGGCGUCUCCCUGUCGCAGCUCUGACGGUGUCCUUUACAUGGGUAAGAAGCAGGACUUGUGGUAUGUGGUGGACCUGCUGACUGGUGAGAAGCAGCAGACGCUGACUUCCUCCUUUGCUGAGAUGCUGUGUCCCUCUUCAUCUCUUCUCUAUCUGGGACGCACGGAGUACACCAUCACCAUGUAUGACACCAAGAGCAGAGAGUUGCGCUGGAAUGCCACCUAUUUUGACUACGCCUCCACCCUGCCUGACGAUGACACCAAAUACAAGGUGGCUCAUUUUGUGUCCAACGGCGACGGCCUCGUGGUGACCGUGGACAGCGACUCGGGAGACGUUCAGUGGGUUCAGAACUACAACUCUCCGGUGGUGGCCAUGUACAUCUGGCAGCGCGAGGGUCUCCGCAAAGUUCCCCACACGAAUGUUGCUGUGGAGACCCUGCGGUACCUCACUUUCAUGUCGGGAGAGGUUGGCCGCAUCACACAGUGGAAAUACCCAUUUCCCAAAGAGAAUAAGCCCAAGAACAAGUUCAUGGCCACUUUGUAUGUGGGUAAAUACUCCACCAGUCUCUAUGCCUCUCCCUCCCUGGUGCACGAUGGAGUCACUGUGGUGCCUCGUGGCAGCACCUUCCCCAUGCUGGAGGGCCCGGACAGCCAGGAAACCAAAGAUGACAAGGAGUGCGUCAUCACACCCAGCACCAGUGUCAAGUUCAACGCUGCGCUGCAGGAGAGAAACCGCAUCAACUUCAUGAGGAACUACCUGCUGCUCAUAGGUCAUCAUGAGACGCCUCCUGAAGCUCACACCAAGAUCCUCGAGAGGUUCCCAGACAGCUUCCCCCGCAAUCAAGGCAACGUCAUCCCACCUACUACUGACAAGAAAGUUGAGGAGAAGGUGAAUGAUAGUGGUGUGGACGAUGGGCCCCCUGCUCCUCUGCCUGAAACAUCUAUCCAAGAACCUGGGACCAGUGGCCGCGCCGUGCGUCCAGAGGCCCUGGUGGACUCUCUGCUCAAAGACAUGGCCACGAUCAUCUUCUCCACUUUCCUCCUGGCUGGCUGGGUGGCCUUUGUGAUUACCUACCCCAAAAGUGUUCAAAAGCAGCAGCAGCUGCAGCACCAGGAGUUCCAGAGACAGAUGGAGGAGAAGUUGGAGCAGCUCCAGAGACAGCAGCUGUUCCCCACUGCGGACGUGGGCAUGGCCCCCGACAGCGACUAUCUGGAGGUGGCCCACACAUGCUCGGACCACAGCAGCCCCAACGUCACCCCCCGAGCCUCCAACCACUCCAACCUGUCUGUGUCAGAGCUGGGAAGCUCAGCCAAUGAGCACGAAGAUGGAGAGGAUGACUGUAAUAUUGUCAGAGUGGGCAAGAUCACUUUCUGCCCCAAAGAGGUCUUGGGUCAUGGUGCUGAGGGCACCAUUGUGUACAAGGGUCAGUUUGACAACCGCGCUGUGGCAGUGAAGAGAAUUCUCCCAGAGUGCUUCAGCUUUGCAGACCGAGAGGUCCAGCUGCUCAGGGAGUCCGACGAGCACCCGAAUGUCAUCCGCUACUUCUGCACUGAGAGAGACCGUCAGUUCCAGUACAUCGCCAUCGAGCUGUGUGCUGCCUCACUUCGGGAGUAUGUGGAGAGGAAGGAUUUUGACCAACGUGGACUGGAGCCAGUUGUGCUUCUUCAGCAGACCAUGUCGGGACUGGCCCAUCUGCACUCUCUCAACAUAGUCCACAGAGACCUGAAACCUCAAAACAUCCUGGUGUCCAUGCCCAACGCCCACGGUCGGGUCCGGGCCAUGAUCUCAGACUUUGGCUUGUGUAAGAAGCUGGCCGUGGGCCGCCACAGCUUCAGUAGAAGGUCUGGGGUGCCGGGCACUGAGGGCUGGAUCGCCCCCGAGGUUCUCAGUGAGGACUGCAAAGACAACCCGACCUGCGCCGUCGAUAUCUUCUCUGCUGGUUGUGUGUUCUACUACGUGGUGUCUGAGGGAAGCCACCCUUUUGGCAAAUCUCUGCAGCGGCAAGCAAACAUCCUACUGGGCACGUACAGCCUCGACCACCUGCAAACUGACAAACACGAGGACAUCGUAGCCAGAGAUCUAGUAGAGCAGAUGUUGAGCAUGGAGCCUCAUCGGAGGCCUUCAGCUGAGAGCGUUCUCAAACAGCCGUUCUUCUGGAGCCUGGAGAAGGAGCUGCAGUUCUUCCAGGACGUGAGCGACAGAAUUGAAAAGGAACCGCUGGACGGACCAAUCGUGAGACAGCUGGAGAGAGGAGGGAGGGCUGUGGUCAAGGGUGACUGGCGAGAGCAUAUCACAGUGCCACUGCAGACUGAUCUGCGGAAAUUUCGCUCCUAUAAGGGUGGGUCAGUCCGAGACCUGCUGCGUGCAAUGAGGAACAAGAAACAUCAUUACCGAGAGUUGCCUGCUGAGGUGCAGGAGACCCUGGGCUCCAUCCCUGAUGAGUUUGUCUCCUACUUCACCUCCCGCUUCUCCCACCUGCUGAUGCACACGUACCUGGCCAUGCGGACCUGCGUGUCGGAGAGGCCUUUCCUGCCUUACUACGCCACUGCGGAGCAGCUUGCAAAGACACAGGCCCAGCACACGCACCUGGGGCCACAGAGACAAAAUGAGCCAUGCACUCAACACCUGCCAACACACGCAUCGUCGCCCUCCUCGCAACCCCAGGACCCCAUACGGUCCUCAGCGCCGGUGCAGGUCCCUCACACAACAACGCCUGCGGAAUCAGCGCCCGCCACUUCGCCAGAGGAGCCUGAACCUGCACCGCUGCCAGUUCAGACGGUGCGGCCAGCGGAGCCAGCGGAGCCAGCGGAGCCAGCGCCGUCCACACAGACUGACUUGCACAGCGAAGCAAUGAACCCCACAUCGGCCUCGGCGUCGCCUCCAGAUCCUCUCGGGCAAACGGAAUACAGUCAGCCUGAGCUGCACGCACCGCCAGGUCCUCCCACCCUGGGGAAUGAACCAGUGUGAGGGAACCAGUCGGCUGGACCAAGCACAGAUGGGAGCAUCGCCUUCUAGAGCGGACGCCGAGUGGGACUUGGUUGCUGCGCCGUGAGCUGGUGAGGACCAGGCCUGCAGUGCCUGGGAUCCACUGCUCAGCGCAGCGGCUGCACCCAGAAUUAAGUGCCUUCUGCUCACCUGAGGAAAACUGCUCCCAAACCGAACCGUCCGCAAGUCCGUCUCCGCCUUGAGGAAGUCAGACGACCAACAGGUUGUUGGAUGUUAUCUUGUAGCUGGACUGAGCAAAGAGAAUAUUUUAUUUUAAAACAGCAUGUCCAAAAAGAA